CUCGUCACAUAAUCAUAAAACAUUGAAGGAUUAACAAUAAAUGUUUUUGUGUAAGAAAGGUAAUGGUGUAAACAGUAGAGUAAAGUUAAUUAUAUUAUGCUGUGUAUGCAUAUGGACUUUAAUUAUCGUUUCAAAACUCAUUAUUCAUAAUCAACCUGAAUUAACACAAAAAAUGGAUAAAUCGGAAGAAAUUCCAAAAUUAUUUGUUGAUGAUGAUUCACGCAAUCUACCAUUGAUAUUUAUUGGAGGUCAUCAAAGUUCAGGUACCGGAUUAUUACGUAUUCUACUGGAUGUUCAUCCAAUGAUUCGGUGUGGUCCAGAACCAAUAGUUACAAGAGAAAUCUUAGAACUUAGACGAAGGAAUACACAAAAACGUGAUUGGCUUUCACAAUCUGGUAUCACAGAAAAUUUACUUGAUAAAGCUGUUUCUGGUUUCAUUGUAUCAAUACUAAAGGAUAUGGGACCACCUGCUGAUAGAUUAUGUCAUAAAGAUCCUUCAUCUUACAUAUAUCUAAGUGAUUUAGGUGAAUUAUUUCCGAAAGCUAAGUUUAUUCAUGCAGUACGUGAUGGGAGAGGAGCUAUAAUGUCUACAAUAGUUCGUAAUAUCAAUCCAAAAUAUACUUCGGAUGAUAUUCUUGGAGCACUUGAUCAAUGGAAAUCCUUUACAUCACAAAUAAUAAAAGACUGCCAACACAUUGGAAGCCAUCGAUGUAUGACUGUACGUUAUGAAUGUCUAGUCAUAAACCCAAAAAGAGAGAUUCAAAAAAUCCUUAAUUUUCUGGAUAUUCCAUGGGAUGAUAAACUAUUGAAUCACGAACAAUUCAUUAAUAACACUUCUAUGAUAAAUAAGUAUGAAGCUAGUUCAGUUCAAUUUGUUAAGCCUAUACACAAAGAAUCUUUAGAUGCUUGGUCUAAAAUUAAUUCAAUAAUACCUAGAAAUCUUAUUGAAACUAUGCAUAAGAAUAAUAGUCUGUUAGCUAAACUUGGUUAUAACAGUGAAAAAAUUCCUCCAAAUUAUGAAGAAAUAUGUGAGGUUGAUUUAAAAUUAUAAAUAAGAAAACUUAAGAGGAAUACUUAAUGCCUAUAAAGGAAAUCACUUAUUUUGUUCAUUUAUUUAGUAAUAUCUGUAAAUUAUACU